AUGACCGUUAGCCGUCCAGCUGAAUAUAAGGAUGUCCGCACUGCGGACCUCUCCACUAUCCAGUUCUCCAACCUUUUCGACAAGGACGAGGCGGAGCUGAAGAAGCUUCUCAAGGCUUGUGAGAAAGACGGUUUCUUCUAUCUCGAUCUCCAGAGCGAAGGCUCUGAGAAGUUCUGGAAAGACCUAUACGAAAUUGACAGCAUCACCAAAGAAUGGUUUUCUCAGCCAGCCGAUGUGAAGUUGAAGACCCCCACCGUAUCUCUCUCUCAUGGAAGCUCGGAAACCAGUUUCAAGGCUGUUGGCAACCAGUCGGGAGCCGUUGAAUCGCUCAAAGACGGCUUCGAAGCCCUAAAGAUUGGAAAAUUCGAGCUGGACGGGCGAUGGGCGCUUCCUUCCGUUGCUCAGGACAACCUGGUCUUGUUCGACCAAUUCACUGCUGCUUGCCAUUUCAUCUCGAAGCUUUUGCUGGACUGCAUUUCCGAUGAGCUAGGCCUCAAAGGAGAUGCUCGCCUGGAGACCUACCACCGUGACGACUGCCGCUCCAAGAGCACCCUUUACUUCCUUCACUACCCUCACGGUGCUCAGGACCCGAGCCAGGUUGGCCAGAAUAUGCACACUGACAUCGGUUCCCUCACCAUCCUUUACGCGCCGCAGUGGGGCCUCCAAGUCUUCUCGCCCAACGACGGCGCCUGGGAAUACGUCGAACCGCGACCAGGCCAUGCUAUCGUCAACGUUGGCGACACCCUGCGGUUCCUUUCGAACAAACGCCUUCGCUCCGCACUGCAUCGCGUCUUGCCUCUGGGCGGGAUCCAAAAAGAAGACCGCUACUCCAUCUCGUACUUCUUGCGGGCGUCGGACUCCACCGAGUUCAAAGACAGCGACGGCGAUGAGUCUAGCGCUAAACACUGGUACCUGAAGAAAUACGAGAUGUAUGAGCUGCCCCAUUCGAUCCAAAAGGAAAAGACGACACUUUCUGGAGGAAUGGCGCAGGAACUACUUGCCUCGUUCUAG